AUGACCCCUCGAGCGGCGGCGGCUGACUGCACAGGCGUCAAUGCCGUCAGUUCUCUCUGCACGACGAAGGAAAGCUCGUACCACCGUGACGUCUUUUACGUCGGGGGCCGGUGGAUCAACACGGCCAGCGGGAACAUCACCGCCGACCACCUCUACGUGGAGAAGCUCACACCGGCCGGCGGGGUCACACAGUCCAAGCCCUUGGUCUUCUUCCACGGCGGCGCGGUGUCAGGCGUGCAGUGGCUGAACACGCCAGACAACCGCAAGGGCUUCGCGUCGUACUUUCUCGACCAGGGCUACAUGGUCUACCUGCUCGACCACACGGGCGCCGGACGGAGCAGCCAGGAGGACACCACCGACUACCUCCUCUGGAACAGCACGACAGUCGAGGGCGUGGCGUCGGGCUUCACAGACCCGCAGGCCAACCCGACCUACCCGCAGGCUGUGCUGCACACGCAGUGGCCAGGCACGGGCAACAAGGGCGACCCGUACUUUUUGGCCUUUACAAAAUGGGUGAUCCCCUUCACUGAGAACUGGGCCUACGGCGAGUACUCGAUGCGCGCCUCUGGCUGCGCCCUGCUCGAGCUGCUGGGCCCUUCGUACCUCAUCUCGCACUCGUCGGGCGCGCAGUAUCCCGUCGUCAUCUCCAACGACUGCCCGCAGUUCGUCGCCGGUAACAUCAACCUGGAGCACAGCACCCAGCCCUUUUGGAACUACGGCACCACCGUUAACUCGGGCUCUGACUUCCGCCUCUGGGGCCUGGCCAACACGCCCCUCUCCUACGACCCGCCCGCCGCCAGCUCCGACGAGCUCAACAAGACCUGGGUCGGCAACGACACCCUCGCCCACAGGCGCUGCUACCUGCAGGCCGAGCCCGCCAGAAAACUCCCCAACGUCACCAGCGUGCCCUACCUGUGCCUCACGGGCCAGGCCAGCGUCCACAUCACCUAUGACCACUGCGUCAUCGAUUUCCUCAAGCAGGCCGGUGGGAACCCGGACUGGAUCAAGCUGGCUGAUCGGAACAUCACCGGCAACGGCCACUUCUCCAUGGUGGAAAAGAACAACUUGGAGAUUGCCGCCGUCGUGGACGAGUGGAUCCAGAAGCAGGAGGCGGCCACCAGCAGCUCGACAUCAUCAUCAUCCUCCUCCUCGAACUCGACAUCCAGCGCUGGAUCGUCAUCGAGGUGA